ACAAAACUCUAAGGACGAAAAACACAAUUUACUCUUCACACAGUCCGAAACUCCGAUCUGUACUUUCAUCUGUCUUCUUUUUUCUUCCGCCGUUCCGUUCUCCUCAGUCGUAGCAGACUUCGGAUUCACUUCCGUGUUCGUCGAAAAGGUGAAGAAAAAAUACUCAAAAAUUAAAUAGGAAAUUCAUCUGCUGAUUCAGAAAAGAGAAUAUGGCUCUGACGAGUGUGAAAAUGACGGAAGAAGUCUGGUUAACAUGCCUCAGUCAUGCAUUGUCUACAGAAACUGAAGAGAUAAUGGGCCUUCUCCUCGGUGAUACUCAGCAGUCAAAAAAUGGUAGUGUGACUGCACUUAUAUGGGGAGCACUGCCACAGCCACGUUGUGACAGGAGGAAGGAUCGUGUUGAGACCAAUCCUGAGCAGCUAACUGCUGCAUCAGUCAAGGCUGAGAGAAUGACCCUGGCAACAGGAAGAACAACAAGAGUGAUUGGCUGGUACCAUUCACAUCCCCACAUUACGGUGCUCCCUUCCCAUGUUGAUGUCCGCACUCAAGCCAUGUAUCAACUUCUGGAUGCUGGGUUUAUUGGGUUGAUCUUUUCAUGUUUUAGUGAAGAUGCACAGAAGGUCGGGAGAAUCCAAGUUAUUGCAUUUCAGUCCUUGGAUGGAAAGCAGCAGAAUCACAUGUUGAGGCCUAUUUCUCUUUCCCCUGUACAUAAAAAUUCUGUAAUAGACCUUGAAUCGUCUUUAAGUUCCGCAGACACAUCUCGAGCUGGUUCAAAAAUUGAGAAUCUUGAACAAGAUACUGGUGAUUCAAGAUCUGCUGCUUUAGCUUCUAAGGGUGGGACAAGAUCUACGGACUUGGGCAAUUUCUUUGCUAAUGUUGAUAAUAGAGUUGGAGAAAACCUUCACGCCAACAGUCUUAGUAAUGCAGUCAUUGAUGUAGAUCCAAUGGACAUGUCAGAAAGUAUGCAGGAAGCAAUGCAUCGAUCAAAUCUGGAGAUGAGUGGUGCAGAAUAUGUCAGAAAGGAAAUCCCUCUUCUUGUUCUGCCAUCCUCGUCUCUUCUCAAUCUUGAUGCACCUUUGAACUCAUUCACGGAUCUGCAACGGGUAUUAUUUGAAGAAGAACGAACUGCAUAUAAUCAGGCUGUUGUAACAAAUAUGAGGGAAACAAAAGUGCACCCACUCACUUUCAUUCAUCACACAUCUACAUAUCAGGCUUCUAUGUGCAAAUUAAUGGAGUAUUGCUUAAGUCCUGCCAUCAGUGCCCUUCAGGACCAGUUGACAGAGAAUGAAAUUCGGCUAAAGAUGCUAAGUGAAGAAGCCAAGGUUUUGGAAACGGAUACCGUAAGAGGGGAACCAAAUACAAGUUCUCCUCGUCGAGGUAGUGCUUCAUUGGGUCAAAGAGACUUGUACAGUCCAACCGAGUUAAGAAGUGUGUCCGGUUCAAGUAGCCGGAGCAGAAAAGCAUCGUAGUGAAGUAGAAAGAUCGAUCAUACCUAUGCUAAGUGUAUAGUAGGGGUUCAUUUUGUUGUCUCACCUUGUUGUGACUGAUUCUGGUCCCUUUUGGUGCAUAAUAUGAUUCCAAGUUUUGGUUGCAGAUUUCUCAAUGAGAUGGUGUAUUGUAAUUCAAAAAACUAUGAAAUGCAAACCAGAACAUCGAGUAGACAACCUCAGAGAUCUUCCCCCUACCCCCACCUUUUUUUUACCCGUGUUCAAAAGCAAUUCUACAUUUGUAUUUUCUUUUUAAAGAUUUAUUAACAUAACUUUUGAAAUAUUUCAAAAGUAUCAGCUUUAAAUAACAUUUUUCAAUUUUCCAAUAAUUUAGAAUUAAUUC